GAACCAAGAAUUAGAAUGCAAUGUUCUUUUUCCUUCCAUUGAUGACCUGUUGUUGGUAUUCAUUGCAAGUUUGUGUGGUGCAGUUGUAUUGUUAAGUCAAGUAUUCCGUAAGAAUACGGUUACUGUUAUUUUUUUUCGUAGAGUUUAUGCGGUAUAUACGUUAUUCAUGUGUUUUAUAAUCAUAUUAAUUGCAAAUAAACGAAAAAAUGAAGCAAAUUAUGAAUGUUUUUGGAAAUCGGUAUAAUUCCGUGCGUACGAACGAUUGUGAUAAUGGUCGCUUUGAAAGCUUUGCAGCCAACAGAAGAAACCUGACGCGCCAAUUUUCUAUCGUCGAUUCGUUUUUUCAUCAAAGGAAAGAAGGGGAACGAACACGUUAUCCCAAAUAUAAUUUCUUCCUCAUGGCAGUAGGCCUGAUAUUGAUUUGUCUCGGAGUUAUGUCACAUAUGUGUAAUCCAUAUAUGCUAAUUUUCAAAUGGAAACUAAUAUUUGAAAACGGAGGAGAAAUAUUUGAGCUUUGGAGAACGCCGCCUGUUGACCUGUACAUAAAAAUUUUUUUGUUCAAUGUAACAAAUGCUGAGCAGUAUCUGGAAGGGACAGCAGAGAAAAUGGUUUUUGAUGAAGUUGGACCUUACGUAUACAGAGAGCUGCUGUCACACGAAAACAUUACAUUUUACGAUAACGGUACGCUUUAUACAAAGCCUAGUCACCCGCUUGUAUUUCAAGCACAUUUGUCAGCUGGCCAUAAGGAAGAUGAUGUAUUUUAUCUACCCAACAUUGCAUUGCUGAGUAUCGCUCAAGUUGCAUCGAAACAUAAUUAUUUGAUACGGCUACCUUUGAAUUUGUUGAUACGACAAACGAAAACGGUUCCAUUAGAAAAACAAACAGCACGACAAUUUAUGUUUGGAUAUGAAACUACUUUAACAACACUUGGAAAUACCUUUCUACCCAAUUGGAUAUCUUUCAACAAAGUAGGAUUAAUUGACAGAAUGUACGACUUUGAUAACGAUUUCGAAACAUUCUACACUGGUGUAGAUGAUGAAUCACUUUCAGGAUUGUAUGAAAGUUACUUAGGAUCACCCAAAUUGGCACAAUGGGAAGGUGACCAUUGCAGUAAUAUUAGGAAUGCUUCAGAUGGUACUAAGUUUAAAAGUUUCAUUAAAGACGAAGAACAGCUGCUGUUUUUUAGAAAAAGUAUGUGCCGUGCACAAAGAAUGGUCCAAACUGGCAGCAAUCAUGAGGUUGAUGGAUUACAAGCAACGAAAUUUGUAUUUGAAGAAAAUGCUCUUGAUAACGGUCAAAUCGAUGCUCGAAACAAGUGUUUCUGCAGGAAAGGACAAUGUCUUGCUCGAGGCCUUAUAGAUGUGACAGACUGCUACUACGGAUUUCCCAUUGCUUUGAGCUAUCCUCAUUUUCACGAUAGCGAUCCUUCACUUCUUACUAAAGUAAUAGGAUUACAUCCCAAUGAAUCACUUCAUAGCAGUUUUUUUAUGAUUAAUGCAGUAUCUGGACUGCCAUUAAAAUUGUCUGUCAAGUUUCAAAUCAAUAUGGCAAUGGGAGAUAUAUCGAAUAUGGCCGAAUGUGAACGCUUUGCUAAUAUUGUUAUACCAACAUUGUGGUUCGAAAUUACGCUCUGGGUGAUGUUCUUUUUGGAAAUACUUUUGGUGAAUGUUUUAUGCAAACCUAUUGCGAUGCCGGAUUCUGCAAAGAUACGGAUACAUGUUCCUGUAAAACAUCACACACAUCUGCAUACAAAAACUGUAGUGAAGACUGUGCAUGUCGGAAUUCCGGUUAAACCUGUGAAACAUCAUGAUGACGAAGAAGACCAUGGAUGGGAGUAUCCUAAGAAAAAAAAGUCUGCCAAUUAUCUCAAGUUAUUGAAUAAUUGAGAAACAUGAUCCACGACUCGAUUACGGAAUCGACCAGUAUUGAUGUCACUGGCAAUGUAAUUUUAUCAAAUCGAAAAUAAUAUAAUUUAGUACCGUAAGAAUUUUCUUAGUUGUAAGACUUAACUAAAAAAAAAUAGGCAAUGUUUAAAACUACGUAAUGACUUGCAGAGGUUACGUAGUUUUGAAAAGUUAACCAUGGGACAGAAUGCUGUGAUCUUUAUAAAAUAUAUUUGUAAUAUGGUAUCUGUUAGCCGAACAAACACAAAUACAGCUCGAAUUCCAACGAAGAGGUCACUCACUGCUUGCAAUUUUAAUUAAAACAGAACUUAAAGCCUUGAUUUAAAAUUAUGAAAACAGAAAAUUGCUCUCAUUUUUCAUACAUUUGCAUACAUAUUUAUAAUGUUAUUGGAGAGAAAUUGCACAGUACGACAAAACUACCAUACUCGCUUAUCUAUUCCAUGUGUAUUUUUAUUGAUAUUGAUGUAAGGCAGGUCUUCGAUCUGUUUUGCCAUGGUCUUUAUGAAGCGGAUUAAAAGGGACUGUUAAUUAACCACGUGGUCAUUUUGUUUGGGAUUUCAGACCCCCCUUCCUCCAUAAAUGACCACGUGGUUUAUGGACGACAUCAAAGCUAUAUGUUUGGUGCUGUAAAACAUUAAAGUAAUACCAAGCCAAAUUAUUGAUCAUUAGAAUAUAUCCGCGUAUAUGUCUAACAAUGAAUUUCUGGUUUCAUUUGUUUUCCUUUACUAAAAUGUCGUGUGGAAUUUCUAAGUACAAUAGUAGUGCAUUUUAUUACUUUAAAUGUUUUGUAAAAAAAGCUUGUUAAAAAACUCGACCCAUUUCAUUCCCACCUACGUCAACAUUCGAUAAGGGACAUUUAUGCGAGUAUGGACAGUAAAUCAU